GUCUGGUAUUUCCAAAACUUAGCAACUUGCUCUAACCAAUUUCUGUCCAAAACUCUCUGUCUUUCUCUCUUCUUCAUCUUAUCAUUCAAACACUUCAGUAACUUCAUUCAAGCUUAGUUCCUAGAAUCACAGCACUGGCCUUGUAGGUCAUACACAGCUUACAAAGAGUGUGAGAUAACACUAGUUGAGGGUGGGGUGGUGGUGAUUGGAGAGGGAGAAAAAUAGAGAACAGAAUCAAAAGAAAAGUGUGGUUCUGAGGAGAAGUUUUCAACACAAAGGGGGGUGGUGUGGGGGGGUGGUUUUAGCCAAGUGAUGCGCUCAGGAGCUUGUACAUUGCAGCAGACCCUCACAGCGGAGGCUGCUUCAGUCUUGAAGCACUCUCUGGGGCUUGCACGCCGGAGGGGCCAUGCACAGGUCACCCCUCUGCAUGUUGCAGCCACAUUGCUGAGCCUAAGAGCUUCUUCUUUAAGAAGAGCUUGUCUCAAAUCUCAGCCACAACAACAACAAAUCCAUCAUCAUCAUCAUCUUCAAUCUUCACAUUCACACCAUCAUCCUCUUCAGUGCAGGGCACUUGAGCUCUGCUUCAAUGUGGCCCUCAACAGGCUCCCAACAACACCAGGUCCUCUGCUCCACUCUCAGCCUUCGCUCUCGAACGCGCUCAUCGCCGCGCUUAAGAGAGCGCAGGCUCACCAGAGAAGGGGCUGCAUUGAGCAGCAGCAACAGCAGCCUCUUCUCACCAUCAAGGUGGAGCUGGAGCAGCUCAUCAUUUCAAUUCUUGAUGACCCUUCUGUUAGCAGGGUCAUGAGAGAAGCAGGGUUCUCAAGCACUACUGUUAAGAGCCACAUAGAGGACUCUUCUUCUUCUGCUCCUCCUAAUUCUGUUUUUUACAACAGUUCUGGUGGUGGUGUUUUCUCUUCUCCUUCUUCACCUGCUACUAGUGAGAAUCAUAACCAUUUCUUGGCUUCUUAUAGCCCUGCAUUCCUCUGUUCUCCUCUGAAGAAAGCUUCUUCAGUUUACCCCAUCUCUGAGCCAGUGCCUUCUUUCAAGGAAGAUAUCAAGGUUGUUCUUGAUGUUCUCUUGAGGAAGAAGAAGAAGAACACAGUGAUUGUUGGUGACUCUUUGUCAUUAACUGAAGGCCUUGUGGGGGAACUCAUGGGGAGGUUGGAAAGAGGAGAGGUUCCUGAUGAGUUGAAGUCAGCACAUUUCAUCAAGUUUCAGUUUGCACCUGUCUCUUUGAGGUUCAUGAAAAGGGACGAAGUGGAAAUGAACCUCUCAGCACUGAAGAGGAAGGUGGAUUCUGCUAUUGCUUCAGGUGGUGGAGGUGGAGGUGCUAUUUUCUAUGUUGGAGACUUGAAGUGGACAGUGGAGGUUGGAGAAGUUUCUGGUUAUAACCCUGUUGAUCAUUUAGUUGCAGAAAUAGCAAAGAUGUUUUCUGACAUGGGAAAUUCAAACUCUAAGGUGUGGCUAGUGGCCACAGCAAGUUAUCAAACUUACAUGAGGUGCCAAAUGAGACAACCUUCUCUUGAGACUCAAUGGGCUCUUCAAGCUGUUCCUGUUCCAUCAGGUGGACUUGGCUUGACUCUCAAUGGUUCCAGUGUCCAUGAUUCAAAGAUGGCCAUCUCCCAGAACCCAUCUCAUAUGCUGGAAACAAAGCUCUUCAUUGACAAGGAGGAGCAGGAUAAUCUCAACUGUUGUGAAGAAUGUGCCUCAAAUUAUGAAAAAGAAGCACAGUUGUUCAAACCAGGCCAGAAGAAACUGUUGCCUUCCUGGCUUCAGUCUCAUAGCACUGAAGCCCAUCAUAAGGAUGAAUUAUCCCAGUUGAAAAAGAAAUGGAACAGACUAUGCCAGAGUCUCCACCAGAACAAACAGCCUCAAAACCAUUGGAGCAACAGUAUACUUGGCAAUCAGAGUUCAAAUGGCAAGAUCUACCCUUAUAAUUCAUCAUACCCUUGGUGGCCAAACCAAGGUAGUGCCAUCAUCCCGGAUGCCAGUUCUAUAUCUUUUGCUGAUUCUGCAGCAGCCAAACCUGCUUAUAGCUCCAACCUUGUACCUCGGUUCCGGCGUCAGCAAUCAUGCACCAUUGAGUUCAAUUUCAGCGAUGUAACUCAGAACAAUCAAUCCACAACCACCUUGGAUUCUCUUAAGGGCAUGGAGGAAGGUAAUAAUGAAGUAAAGAUUAGUCUUGCUCUAGGAAAUUCUUCAACAUUCGGUGGUUCAGGGCAAACGGUGGGAAAAAAUAUAACUACUCAGCGACAAGCUCAUAUUUGUAAACUGUUGCAGGACAAUGUGCCAUGGCAAUCUGAAACUACUGUUGCUUCAAUAGCAGAGGCCUUGGUUGAUUCCAAAUCAGCAAAGCAAGGUGCAACUUGGUUGUUUUUGCAGGGAAAUGACUCUGUUGGGAAAACAAGGUUAGCAAGAGCCAUUGCUGAAUCAGUUUUUGGCUCAGCUGACAAGCUCCUUCACUUUGACAUGUGGAAAAUGGAGAAGAAUUCAGCAACCCCAUUUUCUGAAAUGCUGGCUGCCGCACUGAAAACAAAUGAAAAGCUUGUCCUUUUGAUUGAAAAUGCUGAUUUUGCUGAUGCUCACUUCAAGAAAUCCCUUGCAGAAGGAUUUGAAACAUCUAAGUUUGGAAGUUUAAGCCAAGCAAUAUUCAUAUUGAGUAAUGGUGGCACUAGAAUCAAUGAACAGAACAAUGACUCAGUGGUCAAGUUGAUGUUGCAGAUUAGUGAAACCAAGCCUACAUUGGAGUUAUCUCACAAGAGAAGGGCUGAACUGGAUUUUUUUACCAAGAGCAAGAGCCCAAGGAUUGAAGAGAAGGAAGAAAUUACUGUGUUGGUUUCUGAGCAAAGCAACAGCAGAAAGAAAGACUUUUCAAGACAGUCAAGCUUUAACACUGAUCUUGACCUGAACAUGAAAGCUGAUGAAGAGGAUGAUGGGGAAGACAUUUCAAGUGAUUUGACUAGAGAAACCAUAGCCGAUCCCUUGAACUCAAAUGGGUCUCUGGAUUCAGUUGAGAACCAUUUUGAGUUCAAUCAAAGUGCAGCUAAGGAAAGAAAGAUGGGAGAGGUGUUUCUGUGGAAGAUCAAGGAGUGUUUUGAGGAGGUUUUUGGGAAAGAAAAGCUGGGGAAUUUUACUGUAGAAGAGAGGGUGAUAGAGGAAAUUGGUGUUGGGUGUGAUUCUUUUACUAACAGCAUGUUUGAGAAAUGGCUGAAAGACAUUUUUCAAAGCAGUUUACAGACAGUUAAGUUGGGUGGGGGGAAGGGGGGUAUAGUUUUUACACUUUGUGGGGGUGGUAAAGAGGAUACAGCAAAAUUGGAUAGUGGGUUCAUGAGUUCAUGUUUGCCCAACAACAUCCAAGUUAACUACUUCAUGGAUUAAGUAAGAACUGACUUUGGUUUAGAGGGGUGGGGGUUUCUUGUAAAAUGGUUUCCUCAAGAUGUAAAAUGGAAGUGAUAGCCUUGGUGUAACUGCUAAUUUUCAUUAUAUAAUGUGUUUGUUUUUCUUCUGUUUUCAA